GAAAGGGGUGCCGAGGAGUCCCCGUUUAGCCGCCACCGGCUCCAACCGUGAGGUGAACUGACAGAAUUGGUUGGACUACUUGGACCAUCGGGAUAUUGGGAGGAACUCCAGUUUUUUCAUUCUUAAAGAAACUCUAAAUGUAUGAGAAAUAUACAGAAUGGAAAAUGAAAAGGAAAAUCUCUUCUUUGAGCCAUGUAAAAGAGUACUGAUGAAAACUCCUCUGAAAGAAUCCAAUACCCCAAAUACGGUGUUGGCGGAGAUCCAGCCUGACUUGGGCCCUUUAACCACACCCACCAAGCCCAAGGAAUGCUCCCAGGGAGAACCUUGGACACCGACAGCCAACCUGAAAAUGCUCAUCAGUGCUGUAAGCCCCGAGAUCCGCAACAGAGAUCAGAAGAGGGGGUUAUUUGACAAAAGAAGCUCACUUCCUGAGGCCAAGGACUGUUUACACGAACAAUUAUCUGGAGAUGAAUAUGAGAAAUCCCAACCCAGUCGAAAAGAGAAAAGUCUAGGAUUGUUGUGUCAUAAGUUCUUAGCACGUUAUCCUAACUAUCCCAACCCUGCUGUGAAUAAUGACAUCUGUCUUGAUGAAGUAGCAGAGGAACUCAAUGUUGAGCGUCGUCGCAUUUAUGAUAUCGUGAAUGUCCUAGAGAGUUUGCAUAUGGUGAGCCGCCUCGCCAAAAACAGAUACACGUGGCAUGGGCGACAUAAUCUCAACAAAACCCUUGGGACUUUGAAAAGCGUUGGGGAGGAGAACAAAUACGCCGAGCAGAUUGUGAUGAUCAAAAAGAAAGAGUAUGAACAAGAGUUUGACUUUAUUAAGAGUUACAACAUAGAGGACCAUAUCAUCAAAUCCAACAGUGGCCAAAAUGGACACUCAGACAUGUGUUUCGUCGAACUCCCUGGAGUAGAAUUUCGGGCAGCUUCUGUAAACAGCCGCAAAGACAAGUCUUUAAGAGUGAUGAGCCAGAAAUUUGUGAUGCUGUUUUUGGUGUCAGCACCCCAGACAGUAAGCCUAGAAAUUGCUGCCAAGAUUUUAAUUGGGGAGGACCAUGUAGAAGAUUUGGAUAAAAGCAAGUUUAAAACAAAAAUUAGGAGGUUGUAUGAUAUAGCUAAUGUUCUGAGUAGCCUGGAUCUCAUCAAGAAAGUUCAUGUUACAGAGGAGAGAGGCCGAAAACCAGCUUUUAAGUGGACAGGCCCAGAAAUCAGUCCAAAUCCCAGUGGUCCCAGCCCCCUCACACCUUUCGCUUCCUCUGAUUUGGAGAUGAAGAGGCCUUCAAAAGAGAACUGUGCCAAGAACCUCUUCUCCACACGUGGGAGAUCAAACUUUACUCGACACCCAUCUCUUAUCAAACUAGUAAAGAGUAUAGAAAGUGAUCGGAGAAAGAUAAAUUCUGCACCCAGUAGCCCGAUCAAGACUAACAAAGCCGAGAGUUCUCAGAAUUCAGCACCCUUCCCAAGUAAAAUGGCUCAACUUGCAGCUAUUUGCAAAAUGCAGUUAGAAGAGCAAUCAAGUGAACCCAAAAAGAAAAUGAAAGCACAACUGGCAAGAUCUGGGCCCUGCAAACCAGCAGCCCCUCCAGACAUCCCAGUGAAUGCUGAGCUGGAGCUAACGGUGCCAUCCCUCAUCCAGCCUCUGGGGGUUGUCCCCCUGAUCCCCAACCCACUGUCAUCAGCAGUGCCUGUGAUCCUACCUCAGCCCCCUUCAGGCUCAUCCUAUGCCAUCUACUUGCAGCCCACUCAAGCCCAAAGCAUGACAACACCCCAGGGCCUGAGCCCAACGGUCUGUCCCAUCCCCUCUUCUAAAGCUACUGGGUCAAAAGACUCCACAGAUGCCACCACCGAGAAGGCAACCAAUGAUGCUGCAAAGCUGAAUGCCUCCACCAAGCCUGGAAACCUGCUUCCGGCACCAGAGAAACAAGCUGCAAAGAAUGGAGACAGGGAGACUGCUGGAGAAAGAGGCUCAAAGAGGGCGAGCAUGCUUGAGGACAGUGGUUCCUUAAAGAAAUUUAAAGAGGACCUACAAGGACUUGAAAAUGUCUCCACAACCUUGUUCCCAUCAGGAUACCUAAUCCCUCUCACCCAGUGCUCAUCCCUGGGGGCAGAGUCCAUUUUGUCUAGUAAAGAAAACUCAGAUACACUUUCCCCAAACCACAGGAUCUACAGCUCCCCAAUCGCAGGUAUUAUUCCAGUGACAUCAUCUGAACUCACUGCUGUUAAUUUUCCCUCUUUUCAUGUAACACCUUUGAAGCUAAUGGUCUCACCAACUACCGUGGCAGCCGUACCUGUUGGGAACAGCCCGGCUCUCACAUCGAGCCACCCUGUUCCCGUCCAGAACCCGAGCUCAGCCAUUGUAAACUUCACCCUGCGACACUUGGGACUCAUCUCCCCCAGUGUGCAGGUGUCCUCCAGCCCCGGGCCUGGAACCAAUCCCAUGUCUCCAAGAAUAGAGGCUGUUAGCGGCAUACCAGAAAACUCAGGCACUCAACAGGGAAGGGCCAGCAGAUAUGACUCGCCAGUCUCGGGCCAGAACCAACCGAAUGGACAAUCAGUGGCUGUGGCAGGGGCACAACAGCCUGUUCCAGUGACACCCAAAGGGUCACAGGUAGUGGCCGAAAGUUUCUUCCGUACCCCAGGUGGACCAACAAAAUGGGCAGGCUCAUCUUGUGUGGAUUUAGAUGGUGCUAAUAAAACCUCUUUAGGAACUCUCUUUGUCCCACAGCGAAAACUGGAAGUCUCAACGGAGGAUGUCCACUAGUUGACAGAUACUGGUGUAGUUUAAUUUUUUAAAGAGUUGUUUAAUAGAAAAGAUACACAGAGACUGAUUUGGUGAAUAUAUUCUCUGAAAAUACUGUAAAUAUGUUGUGGGGUUUACUUAAUGUCCAAACAGAUACUUAUUUUCAUACUUAUAUAUAUAUACAGACAUAUCUAUAUAUAUAUUUCUAUAAAGCUAAGUUCAACCUUCAGUCUUACAAAAUAAAAGUGAAAUGUUGAACUAAAGUAUAUUGACUUCUAGGGAGAAAAGAUUCAUUGUUUCAGCUGAGCCUAUACUAUUAUGUAUUAAAGUUUACUUCCCUUUGAGUAAGUUUGUGACGUGCCUAACACAGCAUUCUGUUAAACUUUGCACAAAGAAAAUGCUGGGUGAUGUAUAAUAUAUUUUUUAAAUAGGAAGACUAUAGCUAUAUUUUUUGUAAUUUCUUUAACCCAUUGUUGUUGCAGUAUGUCUUUUUUGUAAGGUUCACAACAAUCCUCAAUCAAG